CGAGGGCGUGCCCUGAGCGUUGAUUGGUUGAUUCGGAUCGACGAGCUCGGUUUGAAAUACGUUAGCGGCGGCGGGUAGAUGAGGUGCGCGGGGCGGCUGCGGCGCUGAGGACCGUAGCAGUGCAAGCAGAGGACUUGCAGAGGCAGUGUGAAGGUGAAGAUGUCUCACCCAGAAUCUCGCUAUUCCUUUGAUGUCCCAAACCCUUGCGUCAACUUUGCGACUCUGAGCGAUGAUGAUGUACACAAUGUAGACUCCUGGUUUGACCAAAAAGCCAAUCUGGAGAAUGUCCCUCCUGUGGCAAAUCUGGCAAAAGUCUCACAGAACAGCCCUGCUUUUUCAAAGCCUGAUAUGACUCUGUCUUCUGUCACAUCACAAGAAAUAACAAGUGAAAGCCAUGGUGAAGAGGACGGUGAAGCAGAAUGCGUGCAGGACAAAGUGGUUCCUCAGAAUAUUGUUGGAUCCCUGACAAGCUGGAGGGCUGCUGUUCCUGCAGAGGCGUCUCAAAGAGCGGGUAGAAGACAGGCUACAAAACUGAGGAAAGCACAGCAACGUAAACAGCCGGCUAGAAUCAAAGCAGAGACAAAUGCUGACACCUUGGUUAAUAAGCAAGAGGUUCCACCCCUGAAAAAAAUGAGAAUUUCUAGCGGCAGAGAGAAGGUGACAGAAGUAUCCAUGAAGAGAGAGCUCCUGCAGAAUCCUGACCUCUCCCCAGGGAGAGGGAAAAGCAAGCUGACUGUACCCUCCACACCAACAAUGUUAAAGAGGACCAAUCUUUCUGGCAAGCUGAAGAGUACAGAGGAGCAGGAGCUGGAAAAGAUGCAGCAGUUGCAGCGGGAGGUUAUGGAGCUGCGGAAGAAGAAUGAGGAGUCUCUGAAAGCAGCUAUUGCUGGAGCAGGACAACCUGUGAAGAGAACUGUUGGUCAAGUAACAAAGCCAAUUGACUUCCACUUCUGCACGGAGAAUAGAAUUAAGCAACAUGUGGAAAGCCAGCCUGGGAAUGAGUACAAGGAACUGGAUUUUGCAGCGGUACUGAGAAAACAUCCUCCUUCUCCGGGGCGAAUGCCGAAGGGACCCACUAUCCCCAAGCCUUUCAAUCUGUCCCAGGGAAACAAAAGAAAACUUGAAGAAACAACAUCAGAAUAUGUGUCCCUUGCUGAGCAGGUAGAAGCAUUCCAAAAACGCACACCUUCUCGUUACCAUUUGAGGAGCAGGAAAUCUGAUGAAGGCCCAGGUCCGGGAAAGUUGGUGAAAGCUCGGCUUACGCACCCUAAAACACCAGUGCUUCUAACAAAGCAGCGCUUCAGACCUGCCACUUGCAAAACUACAGCAGAGUUAGAAGCAGAAGAAAUUGAGAAAAUUCAACAGUACAAAUUCAAAGCACGAGAACUUGAUCACAAGAUCUUUGAGGGUGGACCACUCCUGCCCAAGAAACCCCCUGUGAAGGAACUCACGCAACCUGUCGGCUUUGAGUUGGAAAUAGAAAAAAGGAUUCAGGAACGUGAAAGCAAGAAGCAGCAGGAGGAAGAGCACUUUGAAUUCCAUUCCAGGCCAUGUCCCACAAAAAUCCUGGAGGACAUUGUGGGUGUUCCAGAGAAGAAAACACUUCCUGUUACAGUCCCCAAGUCUCCAGUCUUCACCUUGAAAAGCAGAACCCGAAUGACUGGCAGAGAUGAAGAAAAGGAAAAAGAGGUGGUCCCAGUGAUCAAAGCUAACCCUAUGCCCCAUUAUGGAGUGCCCUUCAAACCUAAAGUGCCAGAGCAGAGGCAUGUGGAAGUUUGCCCCUUCUCUUUUGAUGCCCGUGACAGAGAGCGGCAAAUACAAAAAGAGAAAAAAAUAGAAGAAUUGCAGAAGGAAGAGGUGCCAAAGUUCAAAGCGCUACCUCUGCCUUACUUUGACCAUGUAAAGCUGCCAGAAAAGAAGGUAAAAAACCCAACUCAGCCUGAACCAUUCAAUCUGCAGAUUGAUGAACGAGGAGCUGCCAAGCUACAGAGCUGGAAACAGCAGCUUGAAGAAGACUUGAAAAGGCAGAAAGAGGCGGCCUGUUUUAAAGCUCGUCCCAACACAGUGGUGUACCAGGAGCCUUUUGUGCCUAAAAAGGAAAAUAAGCUGUUAUCAGAGAGCCUUUCUGGUUCCAUAGUUCCUGAAAACUUCGAGCUGGCAACAGAAAAAAGAGCUAAAAAGCGGCAAGAAUUUGAGAAACGAUUGGCAAAUAUAGAAGCCGUAAGGGAGAGGCAUCAAGAGCAGGUCAGACAGCAACAAGAGGAGCGUGAAAAGGAAGAAGUUGCUAAGCUAAGGCAAGAACUGGAAUUUUAAAAAGUGCAGUGCUGAAGGGAUAUUGUUGCAGAAAAAUGGCUGCAGCCAGCAGUGAGCAAGUGUUUCCUAUGGGUAUAUGGAACUUCAGUGCUUCAAAGAGCACCAGCCUCAAACUUCCACUCUGCUUGGAUUAAAAGAGAAAAAGUCACCCUCACUGAAACAUAAGGAUCCUUUAAAAGAAUAAAAAUAAAGGUAUUGUGCAGUUAAUAACUGAGGAACUGGAGAACAGGUAUUUGGAGGAAGCUCACUGGUACUAGAGGAUGAAUGACCCUGUGACAGCAUGGCCUCUUCAAAACGGUGAGCCAAGAGACAAGGCUACUUUUUGCCAAAGUUUCAGCUUUUUCUUCCUUUCUCUUGAGGACCUUUAUUUGGCUGUGGCAGAAUCAGGCCUGAAAGGUUGACCCAGGCAUACAGCUGCAUUUUGUUGACUUUGCUGAUAGCGCCAUGUCACUGAGCUGAGGCUGACGGGGAGGGACUGUCAGCAACAGCAUGGCCGAAAGGCCGUUUGUCAGAGGUAACUGUGACAGCCCUGCUGAUGUACAAAUUACAGGAAUGGCUGGGGCAAGAGGAGCUUGUAAGCAUCCUCUUCCUGCAAACCACUCUGAUCUGCGUGGGUCUGACCAAAGGCAGGCAGAUUUUCCCUUGGUCUGCCUUAAACUUAUUUCUGUCACAGUAGAGCUGUUCCAUGUGAUCUGCUGGAGUGGGGACAUGGCAGGACCUUGAAUAUGCAAUCAGGAAGCUUCUGCUGCAGCCUCGAGUGCCAGCUUCUCUGGAGCAGGCAGCGUGUGGGCAGCAGGAGCAGCAAAUAUUUAUGCUGAGUCAGAGGAAAGCCUGAAUGAUGAGCUGCAGAAAAAUGUAAAGGCAAGCAAGAUAACGAGGCUGCUGAGCUGGAGCAGAUAUUGAUCCCUGAAGGAUGGAGCAACUGCAUUUCCGUGAUGGCCCUACAUGGCCUCUGCUUCAGACCUGAGGAAGAGUUUGUAUGUCUGACAGCGUGUCAGUUUUUCCCAACGGUAUCAUUGGGUCUAAUAAAAGAUAUUACCUCUU